AUGGCGUCACGAUCGUCAUCGCAAGUCAGAACCAAUCAAAAAUCUCUACCGCCGCCAUGUUGCCGGAAGUCAUUUACUGUCACGUGCUUUCAUCUUGUCACUUCCGGUCAGCUGGUCAUGCUGCUGAUGAUGAUUAUGCUUAGCGGGUAUUGCUAUGGACAAGCCAAUCAAACUGAACUUUGUAGAGGAAAACGCCAUGAUAAUUUUUGGGCUAAAAAGCUGGAGGAUUUUAAACAUAUUAUAUCAAUGAUGACGGAGAUUGGCAAGCAUGACGCCCUUGUCUUAUUGACGCAGGCAGCAUUCAUUCCAAGGCUGUCAUACUUUUUACGUACAUCUCCUGGCCCGUCUCAACAAAAGUCAGAUGAAUUCAACAACGAACUACGCAUGGGUUUUCAGAAGAUAUUUAAUGUGUUUUUUGAUGAUAAAGGUUGGAAGCAGGCUAUAUUGCCGGUAAAUAUGGGUGGACUGGGUUUGGGUGUCGUGGCCGAGUUGGCACCGUCAGCAUUUCGGCGGUGGUGCACGGUUUACGUAGAUAUAAUGGACAUAAAUGUGUGUUCGCAGAAGAAAUGGAAUGAACCAUCUUUGAAUGUUUCAAAAUCGAAACUGGAGGAAUUAAAUGACUCUCCCUCAGAUAAGGCCAGGUUGAUGGCCGUCAGAAGUGAAUUGGGGUCUGCUUGGCUAAGGGCCAUUCCCAGUACAGCUUGUGGUACAAGGCUCGACAAUGGUUCUAUUAGAAAAGCAGAUAUACCCGCCGUUAAGGAACCAGCAGGCCUACUAUCUGAAAGCAACUUCAGGCCAGAUGGUUACACCCUGGUACCGUGGUCCCAAGGCUGUUGUUUAUCAUGGGAUGUGACGUUCCCUCACACGUUAGCCGAAAGGUACAUCAAUUACACGGCUAUGAAGCAAGGUUCCGCCGCGGUGAAGGCUGCUGAUUUCAAAAAUACUAAGUAUAAAGAUUUAAACGACAAUACGAGAGUUUUUGUUCCGAUCUGUGUGGAGACAUUUGGCCCAGUGGAUAAACAGACACAAUUAUUUUUUGAUAACAUUGCUACUAAAAUAGUUGAAAAAUCUGGUGAUCCCAAUGAUAAAAUUUAUAUAAAGCAAAAUAUAUCGUUGUUGUUACAAAAGUUUAAUUCAUUUUGUAUUUUAGAGAACAUUGCUAAGUGCCCUUCUGUGCGAGACCCUGCACACUAA